ACAUGGCAUGUGGAAGCAGGUCAGCCCCGAUUUGGAAAAUAAACACGCUCUUUGUUUUCAACCAUUUCUGGUGUUCCACACUCAGUGGUUGUCACACCUUUCAAUAGUGUGCCCGCGAUAUACAGAGAACGUACAGCGGGUGGCUACCAUGAGGCUGUCGAAAUGCGUGGUUCUUAUGAUGUUCUGUGCGGCAUUCUCGGUGACAAAAACAACUAGUCAGCAAUUAUGCCCAAGAGCUAUGGAUCUCAUUAUUGCAAUAGAUUCCUCUUACGAUCUCACCCCACGUGACUUUGCCUACGAGAAACGAUUCGUCCAAAUCUUCACUCGUCAGUUCCCCAUCUCCAGUCAAAAUACACGUGUAGGAAGCGUCUUCUCCACCAGUAGACAACCGCGAAAUGUCCAGCUUGGGAGGCGAAUUUCGUGGAUCAGUUUCGCCCGCGGAAUCCGUUACCAGAGAUUUACAAAGUCUGAGAAGAGGAUAGAUGUCGCGCUCAGAAGGGCAUAUCGUCAGUUCCAAUACAGGAAACGCCGAGGGGAGAAGGUUGCUCAAGUGCUGGUUGUACUGACAAAAGGUGACCAAGAACCCACAGAUGACGGUAUGCCUAGAUUAGACCGAAUGGUGUUACCGCUCAGGAAGAUUGGGGUUGAGGUCUACGUCAUCGCUGUCCGGAAGUCCAUGCGAAGGCCAGUAAGCACGAAGCAGAUGCGUCUUUUGGUCGAGUCGAAGGAGAAUAUCUUUGUCGCUAAGUCGUUCUAUCACCUAAGCAGGAACCUGAAACGUAUCAAGAAGAUCGCGAGCCACAUCUGCGAAGCAGGGGAUGUAGAGGGUAUGAGUCCUGUGGCAAUCUACCCACUCAAUAACAAGAUAUACGGCGAAGACAUUAGCGGGAACGACGCGCCGACCGCGUACAUACCACGAAGAGUGCGACCAAUCCGCGGUCCCUUUGGAACACCGGGGGGCGCAUUUAGGCUCGGUGGCGGUUACGGACACUACAUCGAGAUUUCUAACUCGUACGGCGGAAAGCUGGACGCGAAAGGGUCCCUGACAGUGCUCAUAUGGGUUUUCUUAGAAAACAGACCCGGCCCUAUUGUAAACUUUCGCCGUAAUGGUUACGGGAUCGGCUUGUACUGGGAGCGUAACAAGAUCAUGUCAGCGCGAUUCUUCAGUCGUAGCGGUCGCAUCGCUCGCAGACUUAGAAUGGUCGGCUUACGACCUGGAAAAUGGUACUACUUGGGACUUACAUAUGACGUGGAGACAGGAAUGGCUGGACUAUGGGUCGAUGGUGGCAAAAGGUUUCGCCGCCGCGUGCUUCGGCGCAUCGGGAGGUUCCGCCUUGGUACGCACCAUCCUAUAAGGCUUGGCGCUAUUGGUCGGGUUAAAGAGAGGUUCAGCGGGCGGGUAAGCUGUCUGCAGGUCUGGCCGGAGGCACUGGACUCAUCCGGAAUCCUGUCACUGAAAGAACGAUGCCGAGCACAGACAGAUGGCCGCCCGCCUCCCUCUACGGACCCAUGUCAGAGCAAACCUUGCAAGAAUGGCGGUGCCUGCCUCGCGGCGCUCAACACUCCUUUGCGAUACCGCUGUCGCUGCCGUGCGGGCUACGCCGGAAGAAACUGUGAAAUUUUUGAAGAACGUCCGACUGCUCGUCCAACCGGCCGUCCAACCAAACGUCCGAGUACCCGACCCCAAGGAAGGCCCACGAAAAAGCCCUCGGGUACUGAAGGAACGCCAUUCCUGUACCUCGAUAUAUUCCGAGUCCGUAUUGUUGAAUACAUCAAUGUGUUCCGCCGUCUCCAUGGCGUCGGCCCGGUCAUUCUGUCUGACGUCAUGAAUGAGGAAGCCCAGAAAUGGGCCUUGCACAUCAGCAAGCUAGGCGGCGCGGCACGUGACCCUAAGACCUCAUACGGGUCGAACAUGUGUAUCCAGUCAGGACGACGUGCUUCGCUUGCCAAGGAUUGUGUCUUCGAUUGGUACGAUGGCGUCGUGAACUAUGACUGGCAUACCCACGAGCUAAGCACCAAGUUCAUGCAGUUUGUUCAGCUUGUCUGGCGUGACAGCCUGUAUGUGGGCGUGGGAGGUGUCAAGGGAACGCAAAGUCGCUUCUACGUCGUUGUAUAUUUUGAUCCACCCGGGAACGUCAAGACGACCAUGAAGGAAAACGUCCUAGGGUACACAGAUGUUUUCUUGGCCAUGCCUCAAGUCCCAUGCCCUCGCGGUUAUGUAGAGAUACGUGGGUCCUGCUACAAGUUCCACAUGACCAAGGACACCUGGAUCAACGCUUUCCACGAGUGUACGCGAGAGAACUCCACGUUACUUUCAGUGCAUAGCGAAGAAGAGGUGUAUUAUAUUGACAGGGUGUCAAUCUCCGGACGGGACGGGCCACUUUGGACCGGACUAAACGACAGAAUCAAAAAGGGCAUGUACUCCUACACGGAUGGAUCAAGCGUAGAGUAUCUCGACUGGAUCCCGGGGGAACCUUCUCAGAAAGGAGAGCAGUGUAUCGGGAUGCGGUUAAAGGACAGCUUGAACCCUUACGGCAGUAUGGCCGACCUUAACUGCAAACAGAAGCAUCAGUUUGUCUGUAGAAAACCUCUAGAAGGUUUGGUAACGUACCGAGUAACCAUAGAGCUUAUCACCUUGAUUUGGGCGGAAGACCUCAGGCUACCAGGAACGCUGGCUCACCUGGAGCUAAAAGCGCAAAUUGAGAAAAUCAUCGUGGAGAUCUUCAAAGGCGAUGUGUACUUGGUGACGGUGAUGGUAGAGCAGUUUAGAGAGAUUAAGCCUUUGGAUAAUGAAAGCUCUAAGCCGAAAGAAGAAAAAAGCUCGCCUAAAGUAGGCGUAGACAUCAUCGUCAAGUUCGGACCCGGAGUCAAACCCGACCCCACUAUACCUAUCCAAGAAACUAUAAAGAAAAAUAGUGGCAAACUUCCCAAACCUUUGAACAAGAAGACAAAGAUUAGAAAGAUAGAAGUUCUAAUGCCAGGCGAAGGUCCCGCCAAUGUCGGACACUGCCACGACGCAUGCACGGCUCAUUGCAUUUCGCACUGCAAUCCGCUGUGCUGCUCCUCUCGCGUCGCCUCCAAAGUCGUGGACCCCCGGAUCGCAAGCACGCUGUUGCAGCAACAGAUCGCGCUCAUAAAACAGAUGCAGGGGGGAGCAGUUGACCCGAUGGUGAUAGAACAGGCCAAGCAGGCUCAGCUAGCACUACUGCGCAUGCCCACAUACGAGCCACCCCAACCGGCAGCUUUACCUGGCCCAAAGUGUGUUAAUAGUAUGGGCUACCCAUGUUCUUUUCCAAGCCCAGAAUGUAUCCCUAGGAAUGGGGUCCCAUGCCCUCAGCCGAUAGGCCAGGGGAUGCAGGCGAGCGAUGCCUUCAUGCAGAGAACUCAGAUGCAAGGGCAAAUCCCAGUGAUGAGUGGCCAGUACGGGAUGGGUGCGGUGACGUGUGUCCCGGGUAUGAGGGUACCCUGCACGGCGGGGCUGCUCCAGCAAGAGCAACAGCGGCAGCCAAAAUCAAUUAAAAUAUCUGUCCCCAAACCAGAAAGGGAUUUUUACGUACCAAGAUGGGCACCACCACGCCCAAAGCUAUCACAAAUAUCUGGUAGUUGCCUGCCUGGCGCUAUGUGCCCCCCUAACUACCCUGGGUACGGACCUCAGAUGGGGCCAAUGGCUGCACAGGGAUACGCCGGACAGAUGAUGUCACAGCAGCUGGGCAUGGGACUUGAGCCAAUGCCUCAGCAGAUGCCCUUUCCAUUUGGGCUGUUGGCAAAUCAGAUGGGACCAAUUACAAGGCCUUCGUCCGGAAUGCCAGGACAAAUGGGAGGAAUGCAAUUCCAGCAGCCAAUGGGAAUGGAGUUACCAUUCUUUCCGCAGAAUAAGGCACCGUGUGUCCCUGGGCCUUACCGUCCUUGCCCCCCAAAAUCGCGCUCAGUCGUCAUACCAAAACAAUCAGGCAUUCAAUCACCGUACACAGCAUUUAAUGGCCCUUUAUACCCACAGUACUACCCGUCCAGUAACGUUAGGCAGCAGUCUUACAAUAAUAAUAUGCGAGGUAAUAUGCUUAGAGAUCACCCGUUUUUCUCGCCCUUAUUUUCGCAACAGCAGUUGCUCCCUCAGAACACCAACAGGUUCUCUCCCUAUGCACCAAACACUUUCCCACAAAUGCCGUAUCAACCAAUGCCGAAUCCUUGGAUGUCCAGACCACAAAUGCUGCCGUUUAGCUUUCCUCGAAAGCAGCGAAAGUUUAGAGGGAGCAGAAAGGGUGCAACAAAAGUCCUUUCUUUACAAGGAAAUGGAAUUCCGGCACUUGAUAUAACAUUCGGUAAGCCUGGUUCCCACCUGAGACAAUCAAGCAUAGGAAUACCCUUUGGGAACCCCUUUAUGGCGCCAUAUUCUAUGGGGCAGGGAGCAAUGGUAGGACAAUACCCACCUUCCCAGCAAAUUCCAUUUUCAAUGCAAUCACUGCAAUCGACACAGAGGUGCGUACCAAGAAACGGAAUACCAUGCCCACCAGAAGCUAGACAAAAUGGUAACCCAAUUUUUCCCAUGCAAGGAUCAUUUCGCCCAGCAAUGAUGGGUCCCAUGCAAAGACUUUUCCCUCCCCAAAUGAUGGGCCCCAUGCAAAGACUUUUCCCUCCCCAAAUAAUGGGCUCCAUGCAAAGACCAUUCCUUCCCCAAAUGAUGGGCCCCAUGCAAAGACCCUUUCCUCCGCAAAUGAUGGGCCCCAUGCAAAGACCCUUCCCUCCCCAAAUGAUGGGCCCCAUGCAACAGCCAAUGAAAUUUAGCAAACCCUUGGGUCCGUUUCCGGGUUCCGCAAUUUUUCAAUACCCCGGAUUUAGCCCAAUUCGAAUGAGUCAGAACAGGAAAAAGUCCUCUGCGAAGAAGCAUGGAAGAUCGAAAGGGGAAAAGACAAAAGCUCUGCACAAAAAGGGUGAAAAUAUUUUCAUGCAAAGACCUUUCCCCCCACCAAUGAUGGGCCCCAUGCAAAGACCCUUCCCCCCACCAAUGAUGGGCCCCAUGCAAGGACCCUUCAACCCACCAAUGAUGGGCCCCAUGCAAGGACCCUUCCCGCCACCAAUGAUGGGCCCCAUGCAAGGACCCUCCCCCCCACCAAUGAUGGGCCCAAUGCAAGGACCCUUCCCCCCACCAAUGAUGGGCCCCAUGCAAAGACCCUUUCCCGCACCAAUGAUGGGCCCAAUGCAAAGACCCUUUCCCCCACCAAUGAUGGGCCCCAUGCAAAGACCCUUUCCCGCACCAAUGAUGGGCCCCAUGCAAGGACCCUUCAACCCACCAAUGAUGGGCCCAAUGCAAGGACCCUUCCCCCCACCAAUGAUGGGCCCCAUGCAAAGACCCUUUCCCCCACCAAUGAUGGGCCCCAUGCAAAGACCCUUUCUCCCACCAAUGAUGGGCCCCAUGCAAAGACCCUUCCCCCCACCAAUGAUGGGCCCCAUGCAAAGACUCUUCCCCCCACCAAUGAUGGGCCCCAUGCAAGGACCCUUCCCCCCACCAAUGAUGGGCCCCAUGCAAAGAAUUUUCCCUCCCCAAAUGAUGGGCCCCAUGCAAGGACCUUUCUCACCCCUGAUGCAAUAUCAAAAUCCUUUAUCUAAACAACAGAACAAAAAAGGCAAGCAAGGCAAGAAAACAAAAGGAAUAGUUAUGAAAGGAAUAACUUUUCCCACCAUUACGAGAUAUAUAUUUCCUCCCCAUUUUAUGCCACCAAUAACCCAGAAGCCAUGUGUACCCAAGAAAGGAAAGCCUUGUCCCAAACCCGAAUUACCAAUGUACCCACCUCCAAUGAUGGGCCCCAUGCAAAUACCCUUCCCUCCCCCAAUGAUGCAACAAAGACCAUUCAUGCCUUUUCAGCAGCCCUUACCGUUUGGCCCUUUCCCUGGAUCGGCUGCUUUCCAGUACCCCUCAUUUAAACCUAUAGAUAAGACCGCAGCAAGAAAGCCAUCUCCUUUGGUUGUGAAGUUACCAAACAUAACACUGAGAUACCCGGUAAACAAGAACUAUAACAAGGUAAAAAGGAGAAGACCACUCCACCACAACCCCAUGUUUAACUCCAUGGUUCAAGCUGCCACGUAUCCCCAGCAUUCCCCCAUGAUGCCAUCCUUUCCGCUCCAGUCCCCGCGCCUCCCUAUGCAUACUCCCUUCGGGAUGGCCCCAGUGAUGCCUUUUACCAACUGUGCGUUGCCAUGCCGACAGGCGUACGGGUCAUUUUGUCCGAGUUACUGUCCUAAAAGAUGUUGCCGUAACAGAGGCUGAAAAAAGUGGGUGAUUUCGCGAGCUACAUGUAUAUGCUUCCUAGAAAUAUAGAUAACAACAAAGAGCUGAAAAAUAAAGACGAGGGAGAGGGGGGUGGGGGGGGGGGUAACUCCCCCCAUUCCCUAAGGUUCAAAGAUCGCUCAAGUCUUCUAACUUCUCUCCACUCACCCUUGAGUGGCGUGUCUCGAGAUAGUUUUGGACCACACCUAUAUUGCUAACACUUAUUUUCUCUACUAGCAUAUGAUACUUUGUAGUGUCUAGGUGCUAUAGAUAUACCAUACUUUAUAUGAUACACCAAAAACUGGAGUUCGACUCUGCCAAAUGUUCGUCUUCAAUAAGACUUCUUGAGGGCAGACUAAAUAGGUCUUAUUAAAGACGAAAAUUUGGCAAAGUCGAAUUCCAGUUUUUGGUGUAUUGUAUUUAUUCUUCUGGUUAACGAACACGACUAUUUGGGCUUUUUGUAUUUAUCCAUACCUUAUAUAUUAGAUAUAACUUUUUGCCCACGGAUUCAAGAGGCCAUGAGGGUGAACUCUUUUUUUAACCCAUGAUUACUUAUUAGUAGGUAGUUAAAACUUCAAAAAAGUAAUUGUACAACAAACAAUGAUUUUAAUGAUUUUUUAUAUCAAUAAUAAAUUCUAAGAAAAUAUGCCAGAUAUACAAAUUCUUGGUGAAUCAUGUGAAUUGAAUAAAAUUCUUUUCUAUUGUUUAAAUAGCUUCAGUAGUUUAAUUUCGAUAAGGAAUGCUGGAUUUAUCAUUGUUCAAUAGCAAAUGUUUCGUCUCAGCUUAUUUCUAAAACGCAUAUGCGACCUAAGAGUACGUCUUACCAUGGGCGGUCCCAUAUUAGGAAACUUGUCGGUUCAGCAAGAAGUCUUGUUAUAAAACUAAGGUUAUCUAAGUUACACUUGUAACAAUAUUACCUAAAUAAAGUACACAUUUCUGUUUA